AUGGCUAAGUUGGCUGACUAUUCCGAGACAUUUGACUCUGUCGCCUUCGAAACUGUGCCGAGAAAGCUACUUGGUGUAUGCUUUUCCAUGGCGUACCUCACAUGAACUGUUUGCUACCUGACCCGCAGGAAACAAUUCAUCCAAAUUGGCGACUAGACCACUAUGCAUAUUGACGUCACAUAUGGUGUUCCUCAGGGCUCGAUCUUGUGGCCAGUACUAUUUAAUCUAUUUUAAGUAAUGAUCCAGGUAAGAAGGGAAGCAAUUUCUUUUGUUGUGGCGCAAUACGCUUUCCUCACAUAGAAAUGUUUUCAUUUUUACGCAGAGAAUGCAUAAAUCUACAAAAAGGCUGUUUACGAAAGAAAAUGUAUUUAAACUCCACUUUUAAAGGGUGUAUUUUUGUGUUAAAACAUUUCGACCAAUCACAAGAGUUGCAAACAAUGGCCAAUAAAUGUUCACAAUUUUACAUGAUCCGCACAUACGAUUUCUGUGUUACUUAGACUCAGACGAUAUUUUGUUAUAAGGAAGUUGGAUAGAAAAAAAGGGAUUAAUAUACAUGCUGCUUUGCGAAGGUUUCGUAAAAUUUGAUGUUUAAACCAAUCAGAACCUUAGUAGAGACAAUAGUAAAGUUAGCACCUUUUUGCAUUCCGACGUGUUCACUGCGUUUUGGUCCUUUCCUUCUUAUCUAGACCAUUACUUAAUGACCUUACAGACUGCUUGGAUUCUAUUAAGUCAAUACGCCGAUGACACAACAAUCUAUCUUCAUGGGAAACCCACUAGUUUAAAAGAGGACGAAAAGCGAUCAUGGCAAGCUCUCGACGACCUUGCUGACCUGUUUGGUAGGUUGUAGUCUAUGCCUAAAUCCUACGAAGACCACGGUUAUGCUGUUUUCAACUCAGCAGCUUUCUGGUGUCCAGUUGAGAUCUCAGCUGAUGGUAAGAAACCGGAAAGAUUGAAAACCUCUGAGCUACUUCGCAUGAUUUUCCAAGAAGACCUGAAAUGGAACAUUGAAAUUAUCGCAAUUGUCGAGUUAUCAUAA